UCCCAGCGCCGAGCCCGUCCCGCGGCGCCGUGCGCAGCUCCCGGCGCGGCGCGGCGCGGGCGUCCCGAGAUGAGCAGCCCCGAUGCGGGCUAUGCCAGCAGCGACGACCAAGCGCAGGGGCGGUGCGCGCUGCCCAUCAUGAUGCCGGCCAUGGGCCCCUGCCCCUGGGCAGAGUCGCUGAGCCCGCUGGGCGAGGCGAAGGUGAAGAGCGAGGCGGCGCCGUCGGGGGCGGCGGGCGGCCGGAGCAAGAGCGAGUCGCGCAUCCGGCGGCCCAUGAACGCCUUCAUGGUGUGGGCGAAGGACGAGCGCAAGCGGCUGGCGCAGCAGAACCCGGACCUGCACAACGCCGAGCUCAGCAAGAUGCUGGGUAAAUCGUGGAAGGCGCUGUCGCUGGCGGAGAAGCGGCCGUUCGUGGAGGAGGCGGAGCGGCUGCGGGUGCAGCACAUGCAGGACCACCCCAACUACAAGUACCGGCCGCGGCGGCGGAAGCAGGUGAAGCGCCUGAAGCGCGUGGAGAGCGGCUUCCUGCAGCACGGCCUGGCGGAGGCGGCGGCGCCGGCGCUGGGCAGCGAGGGCAGCGGCGGCGGCGGCGGCAGGAUGUGCGUGGAGAGCCUGGCGCUGCCCUACGCCGAGCAGGGCUUCGCGGCGGGGCCGGGCGCGCUGGGGCCGGGCGCGGGCCACUACCGGGACUGUGCGCCGCUGGGCGCCGCCUUCGACGGCUACAGCCUGCCGACGCCGGACCCGUCGCCGCUGGACGCGGCGGAGAGCGAGGCGCCCUUCUUCGCGGCGGCGCUGCAGGAGGAGUGCGCGCUGGGGCCCUACAGCUACGCGCCGCACGCGGCGGCCGAGUACGCGCCGGCGGCGGCCGAGAGCCCGGCGGGCGGCGCGCUGCGGCGGCCCCUGGCGCCCGGCGAGCCCCUGGGCCUGCUGGGCUGCCAGGCGCCGCUGCACGCCUACUACGGGCACGUGUGCCAGCCGCCGGGCCCGGGGCGCCCGCUGCCGCCGCCGGCGGGCGGGCAGCCGUCGCCGCCGCCCGAGGCGGCGCAGUGCCGGGAGCCGCUGGAGCACUUGCCGCAGGACGAGCUGCUGGGCGAGGUGGACCGCACCGAGUUCGAGCAGUACCUGCACUUCGCCUGCAAGCCCGACCUGGGGCUGCCCUUCGCGGGCCACGACGCCGCGGGGCUGCCGGCGCCCGAGGGCGCGGCGCCCGUGUCGGCGGCCGUGUCGGACGCCAGCAGCGCCGUCUACUACUGCGGCUACCCCGACGUGUGAGGCCGGGCGGCGCGGCACGGCACGGCACGGCACGGCACGGACUGCCGGCGAAGCGCCCGGCCCCGCUCCUAUUUAUGUAAUUUAUUUGAAUCUUCUCUGGGGAGUUUCGCCAGCCUCUUCUGGGCGGAAGUAUGGCGAUAUCGUACAGAUAAAAAGCGUGUGUUUUAAACUGUUCUUCACCUGAUGUGCCAAGAAGUUUACACUAUUUUCCGUCGAUGCCAAAUAUUAUCACACUUGCAAAUCAGCACCAUUACUUAUCUGCCCUGAACCCGUUUUUACUAGAUGUUUUUUAACUAUACAGUAUGCAUCCCCUUUUAUAUUCCAGGUAAAUAAAUUGAUGUUCAGUUGUUCCUGUCAUGUUUUUGUGUUCAAAUGGGUCCUUUAGAGUGACUAAUAUAAUAUCCAUCGUGCUUUACUUGCAGUAAGGUGAACACGGCUCGUGUGACAUUUUCCUUCUCAUAAUAUUGAUCAUAAAGAAGUAAAACAGUGUCCAAGACCAAAGAAGUUUGUUCCUGGUACAGCUGUUCCUGUUACAUAGCUGGAGGACUAGACCUGUGCUGUUGUCUCUUCGAGCAGAAAACACAUGACUGUUCCUAGUAGUGUUCUGAGUGUGUUUUUCUUUAUAGUCUCGAGAUGGCUAUUAGAAUUUGUAACUGUCAUUAAUGUACUAGGGAAAAACCUCUUCCCCUGAAACUAUGACAUCUCUAAGAGGAAAAUCUAGAUAUGUUUGCAAAUCUACUUUUAAAGUGUGUCUGGAAGCCCAUCAGGUUUGGAUACUGAUAGGCUUGAACAUGACUUCUCUUUAUCUGCCAAUUUCUGUUCGAAUGGAAAAACUUGCAGUGAUCUACCAACUAUAUUGGUAUUGUAAUUUACUAAUUAAUCUACCUUCAAGUAGGUUUAAGCUAUUCUCUCUCAUGGGGUUCAGGCAUCUGCCAGUAAGGAGAGAAAAAACAGAAUAUGUUGCCCAAGAGCUCAUCUCUCAUCUAUGGAGUUUUGCUCUCCAUAAGCUGCCAGUAAUGAUUAGGCAUUAAAGCAGAAGCCUUUCUAAUGUGUGUUCAGUCGUACUGCUCUGUGCAAGUUCUGCCAGCAUAAGAAUGCCUAGAUUUGCGUUGUAAUGCUACCUCCUAAGCGUAAAGCUAAGUGACACUACUGACAACUAUCUGCCAUUUGAAAUGUAGAGCAUUUUAAAAUAUUUUAAUUAGCAAAUGACAAUUCAAAUGUGAUAUAAAUGCCAUUCAUAAUACAAAUAUUUAUUUGUACAAGUACUUUUAUCUUGCACUGUAAUCUUAGACUACUGGGCUGCAGAUGAAGAAAUCCAGCAAAAAUUCGUGUUGCAUAGUCUGUAUUCUGUUUUCUUUGAAGUUAAUAUAACAAGCAUUUUCUGAACGUUACAUACACAGAGCCAAUUGCAAUAUUUUUAAACAAAUAUUCCAGUAGAAGCAUACUUGAGCAGAUUGUGUUUCAUCUGUUAAUUCAAAAGGUGUAAUUUAAUUUAGAUCAAAGUAAAUACUAAUUAUAUCCAGAACUUCGACAGAGUUGGGUUUUCAUUAAUUUCAGUGAAAUUUAACAGUGUGUGCAUCUAAUAUUGGCACAAUUCACUUCAGGUCAUAGUUGCCUGAAAUUAUUGUUAGGUAAUUUUUCUGAAGUUUACAAUGAGAAAAGUGCAAAGGCCAGUGUCAGGUUUCUUAUAUCAAGGAUGUAUACACAAGGUGAGAAAUAGGAGUUGGUAUAUGUACAUGUUCUUAGAAUAAUAUAUACAGUCUUAUUUUAAUAUGAUGUAUGUCUGGAAAGAAAAAUUGAAUGUACUACAAUUACAGGCAGAUAUAAAUUUACUAACAGUGAGAUGCUUGUAGUUGAAAGGAUCAGAUUAUUGCAGCGUUGUCCCUCCAAGACAACCAGCCCCGGUGAUGGUCACCACGGUAGUCAUUCUCUUUCAGUGAGAGACUGCUGAAACUAUAGGAGCUGCUGUUGCUCAUGCCCUUGCAAAAAUGUGGUUAAUUAAAAGGAAAAGAUUAGCAAAGACCCAGGUACUAGAUGUUUACACUCUGAAUAGACAUGUAGGUAUGUUGAAAUAAUACAAAUUUUGUUUGUAUUACUUUCUUUUCUUGUAGCAAUUUGUUACAGAUAUCCCAAGACUCAUUUAUUUUUCUAUAAUACUGUGGUUUUAUAGCGACUAGUAUGUAACUGGACUAAGUUGUAUGAUUUUAAGAUCAUAUGUUUAUGUUCCUUUUUGAAACAUUAGCAGUUUUCCUUGUGCUUGAACACCCCACACGUUCCUAUGCUGUUUAUAUGUCCUCUUUCAAUUCUCAAACCACCAAGUGUCUUCCUUUUGUCUGAAUUGUACCCAUAUUUGGUCCAUUUCUGUAAUUCAUUUUUUUUAAAAAAAACUUCUCAAUUCCUGCUGUUGGUUUCCCACUCUCUUUAUCCUUAUCCUACUCCUUGGUAUCUCAUGAUUCUUCUCCUGCCCCAACCAUGUCCUCUUUCCCACCUUAUUAUGUCCCCUCAUCUUGUAUUUCCUCCUUUACCUUUUCCUCCCGCUGCUGUUAGCCCAUGAGCUAGCUCCAGCUUCAUGAGCUUCUUCUCUUGUCCCCCUGUGUCUCAUUGCUUUGCGCAGUGCUCCUCAUCACUCUUAAGCCACCUGCUUGACCUGAUUCUGCUGAUGGAUGAUUGAGAGCUGUAUCUACAGCCUGGCAAAGAAAAUUUGUCUAUGCUUAGUGUGGUUGAUAGCAACAGUUGCUAGAAUUCAAGAGUAACAAUAGUAGAGAAAACUAUUCUUUUCAGUGCCUGUGUACCUGGGACAAAGUAUGCUCGUGAAGUCUCUUCAGAGUAUUUUGCUGCCUGGUUUAACAUAAUUGUAGCACAACUUUUCUUUCCAAAAAAAGUUUAAAAUCUGGGCAACCUUUAUUAGGGGACAAUGGAAGUCAUGUCUCUGAGGUGAUGCCUAUCUCAGGCUAAAUAUUAAAACCAUACAGUAAAAUAUAGGGCUCAACAAAAGGAUUCUAAUAUUGAGUUAAUAUGGUUGAAAGAAUGUAUUUUCUCUAGCCUAAAUUUCAGAAGUGUCUGACUAGUUUUAGCUGAACCUUCUGUAAUAAUUGAGAGCCGUCUAGACCUAGCUGUCUCGCAUGGAAAAUAUCUGGUCCAAAAAUGUCACGGUAGGAAGCUGACUUCCAGUUCUUGAAAUGGAAAGUUGGAGGUGACCCUAACUGCAGGGAGCACUAUCUGUGCCGUGAUCAGCAUCAGCUGAGUACAGUAGUUGUGAAUUUGGCUGUCUACUUGAGACUAGCACUGAUUUAAGAACUGCUAGCAUAAUUUAACUACUAUAUUGGUUCAGGUAUAAGACAUUUUCUUUUCAAAAAUUCUUAUGUAAAGAAAAUCCGGUUUGUCCUGUAUUCGUGUACGAAACUGAGCAUGUUCUCAAUAAUGUAGUCUGGUUAAGAGUUACAUAGGCAACCAAAACGACGAGAGAUGUAUGCUCUGGUUGCUUAGCUAGUCUGCAGAGCUGCCUGACUCCUUGUUCAGUGGCUGGGGCUGGCGUGUGCAGCACCUCCUCUGACACCGAAGUCCAAGCGUGGGCGGUGGGGGCUAACGUACAAUUCCUGGCCGGGUUCAUUGUGAAUUUCCCGUAGCUGCUGCAGGAUGAGCUCAUGUGCAGAUAUGUGUUGGCCAUAUCAGCCUCUGGUGGUUCUCACUGUCCCAAUUAACUCAGGUUAUCAGACCACGUUUCUGGAACUCUUACAGGGACUGCUUUUUCUUCUGUCAAGGUAAAACAAGGGUCAUCAUAUAUUCAAGGCCACCAUAUCUUCAAUUUGAUAUGGUAAGUUUGAAAGCUCAGUGUGGGUGUUCUCAAAUGUUUUAACAGUAUGUAUCAAAUUAUUUUAUUUUGAAUACCCGUUUUAUUUUAUUUUGCUUUGUUUUGUUUAUUUUGUUUUAAUUAUAUUCUUUAGAUCCUAAGGAAGCUACACUCUUUUGAUUAAAUUAGUUUCCGUAUCACCGUAGUGAAACUGGUAUUGUCCCCUUUACAGAUAUUCUUAAAAAUACUGGCUUACUAAAGAUCUUAGUAAUUCUUAAAUGAGUAUGGAUGUUCAGACAAGAUAAAUAUAUUAAGCGUUUUAGGAACCAGUAUAUUUAUGGAUGUAUAUAGAAUGAUUACUAAAUUAAUCUAAGUUGAUAUAUACCUUUUAAAAUAGGUUUAAGGGUCUGUCUGGAUUACAGAUUGCACUACAAAGUAGAGAAGCUUGAGCUAGUUAAUGUAGUGGAAACAAUUUAACUGCAGCAACAUAAAUGGCUAAUUUAUACUUCCUGUCAGGGUAAAUUAUGAAUAAGCACCUUGGCUAAUCUCAGUGUUUUAAAAACAUAUAUUUAAUUAAAUGGGUUCAUGAUUGUGUAGAGACAGGGGAUUUCUGACCAGAUGUAUUCCUGUUCGUGGCAGGCCUUCCUACUGAAAAACAGGUAGCACAUAAUAACGUACACUCCUUAUUUCUUCUGUUUUUUCUGGGUUUUGAGAUUUUAAACAUUAAAUCUGCAUUACAUUCUGAUGUACUCCUGUGAAUUUGAGAUUAAAUGAAGGUCUAAACUGUCAAUUUUAGAAGUAAUUAAAGUGUUAAUGUACAUUAUUAUAGAUCAUCUAUAUAAUGUCUUCCAUUUAAAGGUGCCACAGCUCGUCGAACAUAAAUGAGAUAAAUUUCAAAGUAGACUUUUGAGAAGAAGGAAGUAAAACAAUCAGAGUUUAUGGUCUCUGCCUCCUGACACAGAUAAAAUGGAGACACAAAUCCAGAUAUCAUGGUUUCUUUAGUAAAAAGAAUCUCAAAAUGAAUAUCACCAGGAAAAAUACAGAAAAUUGUCAUGGACAGGUAGAAAUGCCAUUUGAGAUGUUCAUAAAAUUUAAAUGCUUAUUAUUCUGAAACUUUUAAAAUCUCCUUGAAUUUCACAAUGAAGUCAGUUUUAAAUUUCUGUUUUCAGAUUAUCUCAGAACACUUCGUAUAGGAAUGUAUUUCACCUACAAUGUCAAUAA